UGUCCCUACAGGGAGAGAGAAGAACAAUCCAGCUUCCCCAGCCAAGAAGGGGCUGUUCUGUUGCCUCUCACCCGUCGAGGUGAUUGUGGGUCAGCGCUGCUCUGAACCUCAGUGCCACCACGAUCCUUUGUACUGUCAAAGACCCUCAGCACCCCUGCAGCGGCUAUUAAUACCCCUCAGAGCUCGCAGUCAACUCGCCACUUUCCAGGAAGAGAGAGAAUCUGACGGCUUUGUCUUGACAUCUGGAAGGUGCCGGAUUUCAGUCUCAGUCGGUGAGGAUCAUUAUGACGAGAGUAGACCAUAUGAUUUUUCCAGAACAACCUUGAAACAAACCCUGACAAUUUCACCUUCCAAAGCCUGGAACAGCCUCAUCACUCCAUGGGACUCCAGACCUGGCCGCCAAGCAAACCAGCACUGUCCUCCAUGGCCUGCCUUGAUGUGGAGACCCCCUCCAUCUGCAGGGGUAAUUUCAAAUCAGUCCUCCAGCUCUGUCUGCAGCAGAGGAGAACUCGGGAGCAGCUUGUGGAGCAAGGCAUCAUGCCACCUCUGAAAACACCUGCUGCCUUUCAUGAGCAGAUUCGCAGCCUGGAAAGAGCCAAGACAGGGAACUUCCUAAAGCACAAACUCUGCAGCAGACCUGAGCGAUCUGAGCUGGUCCGCAUGCACAUCCUGCAAGAGUCGCAGGCGGAGGCCUCCCUGCAGGCUACACAGCUGAAGCUGAAGAGGGCCAGACUGACUGAUGAUCUCAAUGAGAAGAUCGCCCAGCGACCUGGACCCAUGGAGCUGGUGGAGAAGAACAUCCUGCCUGUGGACUCUGCUUCUGAAGAGGUCAACGAUGGUGAAAAGUCAAACUACUCUAAAGCAGCAGAUGUUUACAGCUUUGAUGAGGACAGCAGUGAGGCCUUAUCACCAGAGCAGCCUUCCAGCCAGGAAACUCCCGGCUCCACUCCGACCUCUGUCAGGGAGUCUGCAGGGACUGGGGCCAUUUCACCCUCCUCUCAGUUAAACUCUGCCGCACAGCAUUCCCCACCAUCUAACUCACAGUCCCCGUCAGAUUUACUCAAACCCGUCUCAACCAAUGAGCAGCAAAGCAACUCACAAGCAUCUGCACCUCAGCCAAUCACCACUGUUGUGUCCAGUAUCACGCCAGGGCCAGUUCUUGUCAAGCAGAGCCUGUCCAAGCAGCCUGGCGAUAAAAGCCGUAGCAAAAAGAGCAAAGAGCCCAAACCGUGGGUGAAAAAGCUGAAGUACCAUCAGUACAUACCCCCGGACCAGAAGCAGGAGCUCAAUGACGUACCAAUGGAUUCUGCCUACGCCCGCCUCCUGCAGCAGCAGCAGCAGUUCCUGCAGCUCCAGAUCUUAAACCAGCAACAGCAGCAGUACAACUACCCGGCCGUCCUGCCUGCCACAGUAAAAUCAGCAACUGAGGUACAGACCAGCUGUUCCACUGUUCUGAGUGGAAACGCUGCAUCUGCCCCCAUACAGCCCCGCCACACUCAGAUGAACCGCAAACUGGAUCACUUACCGGCUAAUCUGGAGGAGAUGAAGGUUGCUGGGCUGAAAAUGGAACUAAAACGCAGAUCGCUCCCUGUUUCUGGGACUAAGACAGAUCUGAUAGAGAGGCUGAAGUUAUAUCGUGAGACCUCUAACAUCCAGACUGCUGCUGCUGUGGAAACAACUGCUGCCACAACGUCAGAAAACCCAAAGUUAUCCCCACCUGUGUCCCCUGUAGCCUCCAAGGUGUCCAGUCUGGGUAUAGAGGACAGUAGUGUGGCAGAGAGUCCAGCAAAUCCUUCAGAUUCUCUGUCUCCAGUCUCCACUGCUCCCUGCAAGAGCUCCCCACAGAGAGCUCCAAAGGAGGAGCUACCCACAGUGACAGGGUCCUCUGGGAAGGACUCUGAAAAGGACAAACGUCUUCAUGAGAAGGAGCGUCAGAUUGAGGAGCUGAUGAGGAAGCUGGAGCAGGAGCAGAGGCUGGUGGAGGAACUGAAGAUGCAGCUGGAGGUGGAGAAGAGGAGUCAGCAGGUAGAUUCUCCACCUCAGCUCAGCCCUCUCGCUCACAUCCAGGUCAAAGAGGAGAACAGGUCCCCCUUAAACUGCUCCGCUCCCUGUAGCUCCCCUUGUCUGCCAGUGUUGGUCAAACAGGAGGAGGCACUGGAUCAGAGCCACUCAGCUUCUCCAAAUCAAUUCCUCAUCAGCCAUCAGACCAUCAAGCAGUGUGUCCAGGCCGGAGCGCAGAUUCUGCUGCCUGCAUCCCCUCCUGCCUCAGCACUCACUAUCCAGCUCCCAGCCAACUGCAUCAAAUUACACACUACUGUUAGCAGCACAGCCCCAGGCCUCAUCCAGACCUCUGGACAGGUGCCACAGAAAAUAGAGGCCUCAGCAGCUCUACGACAGCAAUGCAGCACUCACAGUCCGCCACUGACAAAGACAUGGAGGAUGGACACCGCAGCACAAAGUUCACUCAGCACAUUCCCAGUGAGUGGUUGUCCUACAGGAGCCGCCGUUAACCAGCCAAUCGCUAAUGGACCAGUCAAUAAGUCUCCCAGUCACAGUCAACCACCAUUGAUGUUGCAUCAGCCGACAUUCAAAAACCAUGUGUCAAAGUGUAAGGACCCUCCGCGCUAUGAGGAUGCAGUUAAACAGACACGCAGCAUGCUAAUAGCUGUUCAGGGUCCCACUGCAGCCAGCCAGCAGAUGGAUGAUCUAUUUGACGUGUUAAUUGAGAGUGGUGAAAUCUCCCCCUUCAUCAAACAGGACCCCCCCAGCCUGGACAAGCCUCUCCCUGUGACAGCCAGCGUAACCACCCUACCUGUCAACAUGGUUUUAUCCCGCCCUCCCGCCAUGGUCCAAGUGGCACAGCCGCCUGCUCCGCCCCUCAAACCUUCGACCGGCUUGUCAGUGCUGAUCUCUGACACCCAGCUGGACACCCUCCUGGACUGCACACUGUCCGCCGACACUGAGCCACAAACACUGAAGCUAAUGGAGGAGUUGAACUCACCCAUAGUCACCAUGGAGGUGGACUUUAACGUAAACGCACCGCCCUCUGCUUUUACCUUGCACAAUGCUAACGUGGACAGCAUGGACAAUAUGGACUGGCUGGACCUGACGCUGUCAGUGCCAGCAGAGGGCGUCAACCCUUUGGACAUGUCGACAUCGGUGGGCGUCUUCUCCUCUGACUUCCUGGAGUCUCAUGAACUGUGUUGAUGGAAAUGAGGUAAUGCCAAUGCACAACUGAUGUGUUAUCAUUACAAGCUUAUUAAUCACCAUGUUACUCAUAUGUAAUCCAUUUACAGCAUAUUACUUGUAAUCAAACAGUACAUUUACUCAUGUAAUUGUGCAAAGGAGGUUCACAAAAAGGGACGACAUUUAAGUGAGUGUCCAGAAAGAGUUUGAAUCUGGAGUUGACAUUUUGGGGUAGAAGGAAUAGAGUCGGACGUCUUUCAUAACUGAACUGCCGGAUAAGCUUUGCAGAGAUGUAGAAGAGGCCUUUCUAAGUCAAGCAGAUGGGGAAAAAAAGACCUUGUUCCGGCGGAAUGACACACGAGCCAUGCACCAAUAUCUCAUCUAUCUGUGCGUCGCAUCCGUGUCUGUCCUUCAUCCCUUAUCCCACCAGGAGGAGUGCAUUAUGGGUACAGGCCGGGAAAUAAAUAUUCUGCUCGUCAUUCUGGGUCCAGAAACUGCAAAUGUCAGAUUUGUGCCUUGUACUCUCUGUUAUCCACAGAAUAAAUGGUUGUGUGAUAGAGAUAAAGUCAUGCAUGUCUGAGUUGGGCUGCAGCGAAUCCAUUAGAUGUUUUCAAACGUCAUAAACGGAAGAAAUCCACAACAAACACUUGUUUAAUAAACAUGUCAGGCCAUUUCAAAUAAACAUGAUUUUUAAUAAUUUAAAGAAGGCAUUAUGAUUUUGUCUGUGAGAGAAUAAGAACUGUUGGAGGUUUGGGCAGCAUUGCUUCCUUUAAACUCACUGGUUUGAGACAGUGGAUCCUCUUUGUUGCCUGAUCUUCAUGAAUGUACACAGUGCUGUACAUACUGAGCUGCACUGACUGUGGUAACAACAGCAACUACUACUACUACUAUCAAAAAAGAGUAUAAAAAACACAAACGCCCAAUUUAAAGCAAACAAGUUUUUAUUAUCUGCAGCUCAGUCAAAUCAUGUUUUAAUAUCAUGAGAGAUGAGGACUGACUCCUUGAUGUCAUGAUAAUAUGAAAAACUAAAUGUUACGGACAUUUGAACAGUUGAAUUAAUCUGUUGGCAGACGGUCUCCUACAGGAUUGAUCCAGUGUUUACGCUCCCUUUAUACUGAACUAACCCUCAUGUUGAUUUGGGUUAUAGUGACAUCUGCCGGCCACAUCUGGUUUUCUUUUUCAGCAAAAAGAAAACAACAUCUGUUUGAAGGAAAUAAAAUUAAGUGUCAAAGAAAGUGGUGCAGGACAGUGGGACAGUGCCUUUAUGGAUUAUGGGCUGGACUGAGAUUUUUACUUUUUUUAACUUGUAUAACUCUACAGCAAGAGACAUUAUAAUGUGUUGUUUGUAUGGCACAUGUUUUCCACAUUGUGUAUUUCUGUUAUCUUUAAUACAAACGUAUGAGCUGGUUUGGUUUUGUAAAUACAGAGAUCAUUUGGGAUUUCACAAUCGCCUAGUAAGACCUUUCCUCUUAGGUGCUCACCAUUAAAAAAAACUUUACAAGAAAGGUUUUAGUUUCGUAGUAUUGUUGACUCAUAGAGAACUGAACUUUGACACACUUUCAAUCAUUUCAUAGAACCUUGAAUUUGAAAUCAUACAGAUAAUGUUUUUUAAUCUCAUAUUAUCCACAUCUACAUACAAUCAGUCGAUGGAAGUCAACACUAUGUAAUUGUAAAACACUUUGGUUCACCGAAAGCACUGUUGUAAAGGGCUGUAUAAAUAAAGAACAUCUACAUUUACAUUUACAACAUCACUAAGAAUAAGAGCGUCAUCAUUAGGUCACGUCCGAGGUCUCAGUCUGAGCUUAAGCCCUCUUCCGCAUGCUUCUCUCUCAGAGUUUUUUAUUAGUUGCGAUUAAAGUGCGACAUUUGGGACACUUGUGUGAGGUCGAUUUGAAUUUAUCCAGACAGAAGGGAAGCAGACAACAACCUGCCACGCACCUGUAAAAAAAAAACAGAACAGGAGUGUGGGUCUGGUUACACACUAGUGUAAAAAUAAUUCACCAGGAACGAGGAGGAUCGUUUCAUACCCUAACAUAGCUGUCAUGAAACACACCAUCCAGGUCACGCUGCUGACGGAGGUGGUCGUCUCUGUUACGACAUACUGACGACAGUCAGGGCACUGUGUCCUGCUCGGAUACGAUGGAAGGUGUCCUGUGUCAAGAAUCACUUUAGGGGCUGUACAAAGAAGAAAAAUGUAAUAGUUAGUUCAUAAAACAACUUUCAUUUGUGAUCUGUCUAAAGCUUACAGGCAUCAAAACAAACGUUUAGGCUAUGGAGUCAAAAACGAAUAGAAAACUUAAUGAUCGAUGAACACACUUGUUUUUGUUCC